AUGAAACGCCCGGCGAACUGGAAGCAAGCCGCGCCCGCGCCGCUCGCUGGCACGCCCACGUUCGCGGCGCAGCACGCGCUCCCGCGGCUCCCCGUGCCCGCGCUCGACGCGACGCUGCAGAAGUGGAAAGAGUCGCUCGCGCCGCUCGCGUGGUCCGACGCGGAGCACGCCGCCGCCGUGCGCAAGGUCGAGGCGUUCGGCGCGGCGGGCGGCGCGGGGCGCGAGCUGCACGCGCGGCUGGUGCGGCAUGCGCAGGGGCGGGAGCAUUGGCUUGAGGAGUGGUGGGACGACGGGGGGUACCUUGGUUAUCGCGAUUCGGUCGUGGUGAACGUAUCGUACUACUACGGAUUCGAUGCGCAUCCCGCUCAUCUCCCGCAAACGGCCGUCCACCGCGCCGCCAGCAUCACGCGCGCGACCAUGCUGUUCAGGCAGCAGCUCAAGCUCGGGCAGGUCAAGCCCGAGGGGUCCAAAGACGCGCCGUUCUGCAUGGACACGUUCCGAUGGAUGUUCGACUGCUGUCGUGUUCCUGGACCUGAGGGCCUUGAUUGGAGCACCUCAUACGCAAAGGCGGGCGACCGCGGGGAUACUGGGCAUGUCAUCGUGCUCCGCAACGGGCGGUUCUGGCGUCUCGACGCCGCGCAGAACGGGCGCAUCCUUAGCACGGCCGAGCUCGAGCAGCAGAUCCAGCACAUCGUCGACAGCACCCCGGACCUCUAUCCCGGCGUCGGCAUACUGACCGCGUCCAACCGCGACGUCUGGGCGAAGGACUACGCCGCGCUCGCCGCCGACCCACACAACGCGUCCAUCCUCGAAGCGAUCCAUUCCGCCGCGUUCGUGCUAUGCUUGGACACCGAGCGGCCGUCGGACCUCAUCGAGCACUCGCGCUUCCUCUGGCACGGCGCGUCGGGCCCCGGGCGGCUCGGGCUCCACAACCGGUGGGUGGACAAGCCCGUGCAGAUGAUCGUGUUCGACAACGCGAAGGCCGGGAUCAUGGGCGAGCACUCGGUCAUGGACGGCACGCCGACCGUCACGCUGUGCGACACCGUGCUCGACAUGAUCGCGGACCCCGCGUUUGACCACGGGGCUCCCGUCGCCGGCGGGGCGGCCGUCGCAGGGCCGGCGGCGCUGGACUGGGUGGUGGGCGCAGAGACCGAGGCGGCGAUGCGCCGCGCGGAGGCGGACGCGCGCGCGCUGAUCGGCGGGCAGGCGAUGGCGAUCCACAGGACGGCGUACGGGAAGCGUGCGAUCAAGGCGUUCGGGGUGUCGCCCGACUCGUGGGCGCAGAUGGUGGUGCAGCUCGCGUAUGCGCGGCUUCUGCGCGCGACGGGCGCGCGGCGCGCGGGCGGGACGUACGAGGCUGCGACGACGCGGCGGUUCUUGAAGGGCCGCACGGAGGCCAUUCGGGUCGUGAGUGCGGAGAGCGACGAGUGGGUGCGGGCGAUGGACGACGUGGCGUACGAUGUGGAGGCGAGGAAGAGGAAGCUGCGUGAUGCGUGCAAGAAGCAUGGAGAGGUCGCGAGGGCUGCGGGUAAAGCGGAGGGCGUCGAUAGGCACCUUUUCGGGCUGAAGAAGGUGCUCAAGGAGGGUGAGGCCGUGCCGGAGGUGUUCCAGGAUCCCUUGGUGCAGCGAUCGAGCUACUGGGCGCUGAGCACGUCGGCCAUCUUUUCGAAACACUUCGGGCCGUACGGCUGGGGCGAGGUCGUGCCAGACGGCUUUGGCGUCGCGUACAUGACGGGUUUCGACGAUUGUCUUCAGUAUACCGUGACGUCGCGCACGGAGAUGCCGAAUGCGGAGUUCGUCCAGGAGAUCGCACGGGCUGCGACGGAGAUGUAUAACUUGUUCACCACGAAGGCGAAGCUGUAGCGCCGCGGUGACGCUGUAGAAGAUACAAACUGCAACGAGCGUGUGUGUAUAUCGACUUGUCAACUUGUCAACUACAUAUCGGGAUUUUCGCGUCGGCAGUGGGAUGCCAGAUGCGCCUGCGUCUGUGUCUGUCGGAUUACAUCACUGACGACACACCGGCAGAUCUACAGGGUCAUGGAGUUUGGGUGAUCGAUGAGCACUUCAGUUUUGCGU